AUGUCUUUGAAAUUCGGUCUAUUCCUCCUAUUCGCCUUCUUUUCUCCAGCCGGUGGCUCGGAACCGCUUGGAUGCGUGUAUUGUGCGACUCCAUCGGUCUACGGGAUUCAGGAGCCCGUUUACAAACGGGACCGUACGCCCGACGAUUUGCUUCGGUACCUGAUGCCGACCGAAUCCUGGGGAGAUCCGAUCUUUGCGGACGACUGUGGCAACCUCGGGUCCGAGCGGAAAACAAAAUACGGUGAGCGCUGCGCGGUCCUUCACCUCGAGUAUGAAGACGGAAGAGUGAUGCACCUCAAAGGAAGUACCAGUACCAAGCAAGAGGGCUAUUUCAAUUAUACCAAGGAGGACGGCGCGAACGGCUGGGCUUACGUUUGCAGCAACGGCAGUUAUUGCAACAUGAGGGACGUUGCGGAACAGCAAAUCUUGACAUUUUCCAACUUUACCACCAAUCUGCGUCUGGGGACGGGCACCAAUCCCCUCGAAUCGUUCGCCAUGAUCACUGAUUCGUUCGUGAAUAUGACGCUCGCCGUCGGCCCGGUGGCCAAAUUCGUCGGCUCGAUCUUUAAGCUGAUGCAAAAGCCGGGGGUUGGGACGGUUCGCACUUUGACUAACGAUGAUUUCAGCGAC